AUGGCUACAUCCAAUGCAUACCAAAAAGUUGAAAGGGAGAAUGAACAACUUCAGUAUGUAAACGAUCAGAAUUUCAAUCAAAAGGGAAACUAUUCAGGAAACAACUACUAUCAGGGGUUCAAUAAUCAAGCGUUUGAGCGAAAGCCAUCACUGGAAGAUAUUUUAGGAACCUCUAUUUCAGAGACCAGAUCAAGGUUCAACAAAGAUGAGGCAAGACUUGACAGCAUUGAGACACAUAUGACCAACUUGGGGGCUACAAUGAAGAAUUUGGAGGUACAGAUUGGUCCGAUAGCAACUGCAAUACAGUCUCAACAAAAAGGACAAUUUCCUAGUAACCCAGAGGUUAACCCACGGGAACACUGCAAUGCUAUCACCCUAAGAAGUGGUAAAGCAGUUGAAGAAUGCAAGCUUAGAGAGGUUAGCGUACCUACAUCGGAUCCCAUUCUUGCAAGGGAAAAGCAGACUGAAGGGCAAAAAACUGAAGCAGAGCCAGCAAAGAAGAUUUAUAAGCCUUACUCAAUUUCAUUUCCGGACAACCCACCUAUCUUGAAGCCCCCACUACCAUUCCCGCAGAGGUAUUUGAAGAAGGAGUUUGAUGAAAAAUUCGCAAAGUUUCUGGAGGUCUUCAAGAAAAUCCGCAUCAACAUUCCCUUUGCAGAAACCUUGGCCCAAAUGCCUAACUAUGCCAAUUUCUUAAAGGAAUGCCAUACUUCGAAGAAGCUCCCUCACAAAUUGAAAGAUCCGGGCAGCUUCACCAUCCCGUACAAUAUUGGUGGUAUCACAUUUGAUAGGGCACUAUGUGACUUUGGAGCUAGCAUAAACUUGAUGCCCUUAUCAAUGUUCAAAAAGCUGGGUCUUAGAAAAGUGAAUCCCACAACCCUUACCUUGCAACUGAUGGACAGAUCAAUUACAUAUCCCAAAGGCAUUAUUGAAGAUGUGUUGGUGAAGGUUGAUAAGUUCAUCUUUCUGGUGGACUUUGUGGUAUUGGACAUGGAGGAGGAUGAGAAAGUACCAUUGAUUCUUGGCCGACCUUUCCUGGCUACUGGAAGAGCAUUGAUUGAUGUGCAAGAAGGAAAGUUGACACUACGAGUUAAUGAAGAGCAAGUAACUUUCAACAUCCAUCAAGAAAAGAAAGCCCCGGAAAAAGGAAAAGUUGACAUUUGCAAAAUGAUCCAAUCAACUGAAGUAAUUGCAGGAAAUGGAAAAAAAAGGGAAUUAUUUUAUGAUCCGUUGGUGCAAUACAUGAAAAUUAGUUACUCAACAAGGGAUGUAUCUACUGAUGGUAAUGACUCAGAAAUGAAGAAAGCAGUGGAUUUCAUCUUAGCUCAAGAAGCUGACCCACCUGACAAAAAAAAGAGCUAUGUAGAUAGGCGUUUGAAACCUCCAAACAUUGCCAAACCAAAAGAGGUCUUGAAAGCCAUACCAGGGUCAAAACAGCCUAUGUUUGUUCAUCACCUUACAAUGAAGGAGAAUACAAAGUCGAAGAUCAAGUUUAGAAACAAGAGAAAUGUGCCAAAUGAGGAUCCACCGUAG